AUGGACACCGUCAAGUUGGAGAAGGAGAGUGCCAAGAUGGAGAUGGAGAGUGAUAACUUUGUGAUGAGUGCCAAGGUGCAAAUGGACACUGUCAAGUUGGAGAAGGAGAGUGUGAAGGUGCAGAUGGGCAGUGUCAAGUUGGAGAAGGAGAGUGCCGAAGUGCUGAUGGGCAGUGUCAAGUUGGAGAAGCAGGGUGCCAAGGUGGAGAUGGACAGUGUGAAAUUGGAGGAGAGUGCCAAGGUGGAGAUGGAUACUAGCAAGGAGCUAUUGGACCAUAAGGCCAGCUUCUCUGAUAUUGAAAUUGAUGACGAGACAUGUUGGUUCCAGGAUGGUGUGGACUUGCGAGGCCAUUCACAGGUGGAAGAUGAUGACUUUAAUGAUCAGGUAUUUUGGUUGUAA